GGGUGUCUCAAAACCGCCUGUAACUCCAGCUCCAGGCGAUCCUCUGUCUCUGGCCCCAUAGGAAUCUGCAUUUUCGUGCAUACCCCCCACCUACAUAAUUAAAAAUCAUCUUUAAAGGAAAUUUCGGAAAAGAUUAAACAAAAAUGAGGCAGAGAUUGAAGGAGAAAGGCACCUGAUGUUGACUGCUUCCCACACACACAAAGCUUAGCCGCACACAGACAUAACAUACACCACCGGUAACAAGCGGGGAAACUGAGGCCGAGGAAAAAGUGAGACUGAAUACUAGGGGCGAUAUCCCAAGGCUCAGUAGAAACUGCUGUUUAAAAUCAGAAGAGAUGUACAAAUCGACCCGACCUAAGCAGAGGGGGCGUGGCCUGCGUCGGGGCGUGGCCAAACGGGACAGGCAGCUGGUCCAGCAGACCCUCGGGAGUCGGGCCGUCGGAUGCCAGAGCUGCCGCAGCGGUGACCGUCAUCCUCCUUCAACGCCUUCUCCCUUCAUAAAAGGUCCAUGGCAGACAAAGGCCCGGGGGGCAGUCGCCUCCCCCUCGCGCUGCCUCCCGCCUCCCAGGGCUGCUCGUCGGGGGGCAGCGGCUCCUCGGCGGGGGGCUCAGGCAAUCCGCGGCCUCCCCGGAACCUCCAAGGCCUGCUGCAGAUGGCUAUUACUGCGGGCUCUCAGGAGCCAGACCCCCCGCCGGAACCCAUGAGCGAAGAGAGACGCCAGUGGCUGCAGGAAGCCAUGUCGGCUGCCUUCCGGGGCCAGCGAGAGGAGGUGGAGCAGAUGAAGAGCUGCCUCCGGGUGCUGUCCCAGCCCACACCCCCAACUGCUGGUGAAGCUGAGCUGGCCACUGACCAGCAGGAGCGUGAAGGGGCACUGGAGCUGCUGGCAGACCUGUGUGAGAACAUGGACAAUGCGGCAGACUUCUGCCAGCUGGCAGGCAUGCACCUGCUGGUGGGCCGAUACCUCGAGGCAGGGCCUGCAGGGCUUCGCUGGAGGGCAGCCCAGCUCAUCGGCACAUGCAGUCAGAACGUUGCAGCCAUCCAGGAGCAGGUGUUGGGCCUGGGCGCCCUGCGCAAGCUGCUCCGACUGCUGGACCGGGACUCAUGCGACACGGUACGCGUCAAGGCCCUCUUCGCCAUCUCCUGUCUGGUCCGAGAGCAAGAGGCAGGGUUGCUGCAGUUCCUCCGCCUGGAUGGGUUCUCCGUGCUCAUGCGGGCCAUGCAGCAGCAAGUGCAGAAGCUGAAGGUCAAGUCAGCCUUCCUGCUGCAGAACCUGCUGGUGGGCCACCCCGAACACAAAGGAACCCUCUGCUCUAUGGGGAUGGUCCAGCAGCUGGUGGCCCUCGUGAGGACAGAACACAGCCCUUUCCAUGAGCACGUGCUUGGAGCCCUGUGCAGCCUUGUGACAGACUUUCCCCAGGGCGUGCGUGAGUGCCGGGAGCCUGAGCUGGGCCUGGAGGAGCUGCUCCGUCACCGCUGCCAGCUGCUGCAGAAGCAUGAGGAGUACCAGGAGGAGCUGGAGUUCUGUGAAAAGCUGUUACAGACCUGUUUCUCCAGCCCUACGGACGACAGCAUGGAUCGAUGAGACCAGGUGGCUUCUUGCAUUCUCUCCGUGGGGACCCCAGGCUUCCUGCCUCCCUCCUUACCAGGCGCCCUCUCCCAAGGGAUUGCCAGGCCUUGUUCUGGCCUGGGCCUGGGCCUGGGCCUGCUAGCCGGUCUCUGAGCAGCCCCCUGGAGGGGGUGCCGAGAAAGGUGCUGGCCCCUUGGACCCCUCCCUUGCUUUCUGUUCCUUUCUUCUCAUGUCCACACUGCUCUUCCAAUAAAAGCAUUUCUCCCGUGACUCCCCCCCCCCCCUGUACUCUUUCCUUUUGUUUUUUGCAAGGUUCUUAGGGAAGGCAGGAGGGGCUUCCAUAAGCUUAGACUGGGGGGGUCACUAAAGGGAUAAUAAAAGUUGCUCUGAUCAUCAGAA